UUUUGGGAAUCGGGUAGGAAGAGUACAUAUUUAGUGGUUGUUUGGUAGGUCUGAGAUAGUCAGAUAUAGUAUACUCUGGUGUUCGGUGCUGUUCAGUAAAUGCUUGUCCGCAUUUUUACCUUCAUUUUUUAAAAAUGCUGACCUUGUGUCAUUAGUCUUGUUCUGCUUCAAUCAGUCUCUUAAGUAGCAGAAAAAAUAUAAUGUAUGGGUUUCAUGUUUCUGAAUAAGUUGUAGGCGAAAUAACGUUUUUUGGAGUCUGGGUUUUGAGGAAACAUGAUGUCUACUUCCCGCAAGGAUAGUAGGACAGCCUUGGACGGCAAGUAUGUCCGCUACACACCUGAGCAGGUUGAAGCCCUUGAGAGGGUCUACCAUGAGUGCCCCAAACCCACUUCAAUGCGCCGUCAGCAGCUCAUACGUGAAUGCCAUAUUCUCAGCAACAUUGAGCCCAAGCAAAUCAAAGUCUGGUUUCAAAAUCGCAGAUGCAGGGAGAAACAGAGGAAAGAGUCAUCGAGACUUCAUUCUGUAAACAGGAAGCUGUCAGCCAUGAACAAACUCUUAUUGGAGGAGAAUGACAGAUUGCAGAAGCAAGUGUCACAACUAGUAUACCAAAACGGCUAUUUCCGUAGCAAAACUCCUUGUCUGGCAGCGCUUGCUACAAAAGACACCAGUUGUGAAUCAGUGGUGACAAGUAGUCAGCGCCAGAUGACACCCCAGCAUCCCCCAAGGGAUGCCAGUCCUGCAGGGCUUUUGUCCAUUGCAGAAGAGACUUUAACAGAGUUUCUUUCAAAGGCUACUGGAACUGCUGUUGAGUGGGUCCAAAUGCCUGGAAUGAAGCCUGGUCCGGAUUCCAUUGGAAUCAUUGCUAUUUCUCAUGGUUGCACUGGAGUGGCAGCAAGAGCUUGUGGCUUAGUUGGUCUUGAGCCUUCAAGGGUUGCAGAAAUCCUUAAGGAUCGACCUUCUUGGUUUCGAGAUUGCCGAGCUAUUGAUGUUUUAAAUGUGCUGCCCACUGCCAAUGGUGGAACCAUUGAACUUCUUUACAUGCAGCUGUAUGCGCCAACCACUUUAGCACCAGCUCGUGACUUCUGGCUGUUGCGCUUUACUUCUUUCAUGGAAGAUGGAAGUCUUGUGGUAUGUGAAAGAUCUCUUGGUAAUGUACAAAAUGGUCCAAGCAUGCCACCAGUGCAGAACUUUGUUAGAGCAGAGGUGCUGCCUAGUGGGUACUUGAUUAGACCUUGCGAAGGUGGAGGAUCAAUUAUCCAUCUUGUUGAUCAUAUGAACUUAGAGGCAAGGAGUGUGCCAGAAGUGUUGCGCCCAUUGUAUGAGUCAUCAGCUGUGCUUUCUCAGAAGUCAACAAUGGCUGCUCUCCGCCAACUGAGACAGAUAGCUCAAGAAGUUUCUCAGUCUAGUGCCACAAACUGGGGAAGGCGACCGGCAGCUUUACGCGCAUUAAGUCUUAGACUGAGCAGGGGUUUUAAUGAGGCUGUAAAUGGAUUUACUGAUGAGGGGUGGUCAUUGCUCGGUAAUGAUGGAAUAAUGGAUGACGUGACUGUCCUCAUUAACUCUUCUCCAGACAAACAAAUGGGGUCAAACAUCACCUACACAAAUGGAUUUACUACAAUGAACAGUGCAGUAUUAUGUGCCAAAGCUUCCAUGCUUCUUCAGAAUGUGUCACCUGCAGUACUUCUGAGAUUUCUUCGGGAGCACAGAUCAGAAUGGGCAGACAGUAAUAUUGAGGCUUAUUCGGCUGCAGCUGCUAAAGUGGGUCCAUGUACUUUACCUGGAACCCGUCUCUCUAACUAUGGGGGUCACACAACACUCCCAUUGGCUCACACCAUUGAGCAUGAAGAGUUGCUGGAGGUAAUUAAAUUUGAAGGAGUUGGCCAUUCUCCUGAAGAUGAAAUGAUGUCAAGAGAUUUGUUUCUGUUGCAAAUGUGCAAUGGAUUGGAUGAAAAUGCUGUUGGCACAUGCGCAGAGCUAAUAUUUGCUCCUAUUGACGCAUCUUUUGCUGAUGAUGCUCCUCUCCUCCCUUCUGGUUUUCGCAUUAUACCCCUCGACUUCGGAAAGGAGUCUUCCAGCCCCAACCGAACCCUGGACCUCACCUCUGCUCUUGAGACAGGGACAGCUGAGAGUAAAGUGCUUAAUGACCUCAAAACCAAUAGUUGCUCUACAAGAUCUGUUAUGACCAUUGCUUUCCAGUUUGCCUUUGAAAGCCACACGCAGGAGAAUGUUGCAGCCAUGGCGCGACAAUAUGUGCGUAGCAUUAUCUCUUCCGUUCAGAGGGUAGCAAUAGCACUUUCUCCUUCUCACUUGGGCUCCCGUUGUGGGCUCCGUAUGCCAAUGGGUACUCCAGAAGCCCAUAUUAUCGCUCGUUGGGUUUGCCAGAGUUAUAGGUGUUUCUUGGGUGUGGAGCUUCUUAAAUCCAUGGGAGAUGGAAAUGACUCAAUUCUGAAAACUCUAUGGAAUCACCAGGAUGCUAUUGUUUGCUGCUCUGCAAAGGCAUUGCCCGUUUUCACGUUUGCAAACCAGGCUGGUCUUGACAUGCUCGAGACAACUUUAGUUGCACUUCAAGACAUUACUUUGGAAAAGAUAUUUGAUGAUCAUGGAAGAAAGAAUCUCUGCACUGAGUUCCCUCAGAUAAUGCAACAGGGCUUUGCAUGCCUACAAGGCGGAAUAUGCAUGUCGAGCAUGGGUAGGCCGGUUUCCUAUGAGAGAGCAGUGGCAUGGAAGGUUCUGAAUGAAGAAGAAACUGUUCAUUGCAUCUGCUUUAUGUUUAUGAACUGGUCCUUUGUUUAAGUUUGUUAGUUACCUUUGGAUCUGGUGUCCAGAGAACCUCCAAUGUGUCUGUUACUCUAUCUGUUUGUUGACUUCUGUAAUCUAGGGAACAAUGGGUAUACAGCCUCAAAAGCAUAUAAUUUCGUGAAUGCCCACCUUGUUUAAUCUCUAGUGCAUGGAGGUGCAUGUAAUAUUUGUUUUUUCUUAUGCAUGAGUUUUACCAUACCUUCUGUAAUCCGUAUGAGUAUGAUACUAGUAAAGACAUGCUGGAAAAGGUUCCAAGGUUGAAAAUGUGGGUAACUUUGUAUAUGGGUAGGCAUACCAAUAUUUUUACUCUUAUUGGUAA